GAGAGAGAGAGUGUGUGUGUGUGAGAGAGAGUGUGUGUGUGUGUGUGUAUAUACACACCCGCGGCUCGAGCGUCUUUGUCUGCACGCGAGCUGUGGCAAUACCAGGAUGACACGAUUCUCUUACGCCGAAUAUAUCGCUUUAUUUCGAUCGAGUGACACUAAAAGAAACUCGUCGCCGCAGAAAAUAUCAUCAUCUGGACGCGCUGCAAACCGCGACGAGGAGCCGACAGAAGUCAGCUCUGCCGUCAGAAGAGCUGAAGCGUGUGAGUCAGACGACUGGACGGCUCUGCAUGAAGCGGCUCACUGCGGCCAGACACACUGCGUUCAGGCUCUGCUGACAGAUCCUGGCGUGUGUGUGGACAAACGCACGCUACAGGAGCAGACGCCGCUGAUGCUCGCCGUUCACGGAGGACACCAGGAGUGUGUGAGGAGUCUUCUGGAAGCAAGAGCCGACCCUGACAUCAGCAACAAGAACAAAGAGACGCCGCUUUAUAAAGCGUGUGAGCAGGAGAGCAUCAGCGUGGUGAAGCUGCUGCUGGCGUCCGGUGUGGCGGUGAAUCAGCGCUGUUAUCGCGGCUGGACCGCUCUGCAUGAAGCAGCGAGACGAGACAACACUGAGCUCUGUGAGGCGCUCCUGAGGGCCGGAGCCGCUGUAGACCCCCGCAACACUGACCACAUCACACCCGCGAUAGAGGCGGCUCGACACGGACGCACAGGAGCGCUGGCGUACCUGAUCCAGAGUGGUGCUGGUGUGAACGCUCAGACGUGUGACGGGAACACAGCUUUAACCCAAGCCUGCAGACACGGUCACACAGAAACUGUCAAGCUUCUGCUCAAACAUCACGCUGACGCCAACAAAGCCACCGACACCGGCCUUCUGCCUCUGCACAUCGCCAGCCAGCACGGACACAAAGAGAUUGUUUCCUUAUUGCUCCCGAUCACCAGCCGGGUGAGGAUUCGGCAGAGCGGCAUCUCUCCUCUCCAUCUGGCAGCGGAGCACGACCACAGGAUCAUCAUGAGUCUGCUGAUUGAGUCGGGGUUUGAUGUGAACAGCAAACUCUCUCAGGAGAGCUCAGCCAGGUUCCAGGACCAGCGUGUUUCGGCUCUGUACUGCGCCGUCGCCGCCAGGAACACACGGGCCGCUGAUGUUCUGCUGAAGGCCGGUGCGAAUCCCAACAUGGACCCCUUCAGCCCGCUGCUGUUAGCGGUGCGUGACGGCUGUCUGGAUACUGUGGCGCUGCUGCUGGAGCACGGAGCCCAUGUGAACGCUCGCCCGACCGCAGGUUUCCCCGCAGUGCUGCUGUACACUCAUCAGCUGGACGUCCUGCAGUAUCUACUGGACCACGGCUGUGACGCUCGGGCCUGCUUCACCUGCAGCACACAUCACAGCGGAGAGCACACACACUUCAGAAGCCACACGGUGAACACGAACGCCACUAAACCAGAGUUAAAGUUCUGUGACUGGAUCUCGUCCUCCUGCUGGAGACACUCAGCCGGUCGGGUCACUGAUCUGCUGCUGGACUACGUAGGAAACGUUCAGCUCUGCAGCAGGAUCAGAGAUCUCCUUCUGGACCAACCGGAGUGGACGAGCAUUAAGGAGAAAACAUCGUCUCCUCGAGCCCUGAUGCAUCUCUGUGGGCUGAGGAUCCGAGAGCAGCUGGGGCCGCAGAGACUGAGAUGUGUGGAGUCGCUGCCGCUGCCGGGGCCCAUGCUGCGGUACCUGAGCUCCAGAAGCCGACGCUGCGCUCAGCACAGGGACCACCACCAUCAUCAUCAUCAUCAUCAUCAUCACUGAAUGGAGAGUGAAACGGGAUGGUCGUUUUGUGUAUUUAUAACUUUUAAUUUAUCUUGACGUUUUGUAAAGUAUUAUGUUUGUGCUUGAUACACAGCUCUAUGUAGUUGAUCUGAAAAUACUGAGUAUGAUGGUGGUGAUCAGAAUAAAUGUGCUGCUUUGAGUG